CUAUCACACAUUCCCGAAGUGAUACACGCGCCAUUGCGGUUGACCGAAAAGCACAGAACCCAAUCCGCUUACAGAGAAUCCCAAGGUCGAAACCCCAUUGGCUGUCGCGAUGAAUGCUAUCCUCGCGGUUAUAUAGAGUGGCGUCAGUGGACGAGGCGGCACCAAAACCCGAGGGGACGUGAAGUUAUGGCUGCUACAAUUCCCGAGAUGGCUUGUACAGCCUCUUUCGGUCCAAUGUCGGAAAACAACCAUCCAGCACAGGGCCAGAGGAGUCAUUCAGUCGUGAGCAUCGCACUGUUGAAUGAAAACGGUGAAAACGACACUUUGGAAAUCGAUGAAGCAGAUGACGUCCUAGAGGACUCAACGGAUUCACAAAUGGAUGAGUGCAGCUCUCCAAUCGCCGACGACGUUCGAGUUCGUCGACUAUCCAUCGCCGACCGCGUCAACAAACGACGAAAUACUGAAUUUGCAUUCGAAUUCGCCCGCCUCGCGGCAGCUGGCCGCGCUGAGGAGUUUUUCCGGCUGCUUGACGAGCAUUCACGUCUCGUCCACUCGGUCCAGUUUUGGUCCACAGCUGUAGCAAUGCAAGACAAUGCACAGAAUUUCGCAAUGAAAUUGCAACUGGAUACCCACCAACAAACUCAGACAGAGAAACAGUGA